AUGCCUUGUGCUCCUGGAACGGUCUGGAACCAACAGAAACUCACCUGUGAUCACGAAUGGGCUUCUCCUUGUGUGACAGGCAGCUACUUGACUUCAGAAGGUCUACCAUGUGGAGGAGGUAGUGUGGAAACGGAAGUGGAGGACGAUGAAGGAAAGAGUGAAAACGGAAGUGGGGAUAGUGGGAAUGGCGAAGGAGGUGAGAACUGUCAGGAUGAAGUGAGUGCCUGUAAAUUCUGGGCUGCCAAUAAUGACUGCUACUGCAAGCCAACUGAUGGAGAUUGCUCAUGGCAAACUUAUGUUGCCAAGACAUGUCCCAAAAGUUGUGGAACAUGUAAUGAAGGUGGAAAUGGAGGUGGUGAUGGAGGCAUUGACGGUUGCGUCAUUGACUGCUCCCUCGGAAAGUAUCUGCCACAUCCAACUGACUGCCGCAAGUUCAUCCAGUGUGCCCCGUAUGGUCCCGAAGAGAUGCCUUGUGCUCCUGGAACGGUCUGGAACCAACAGAAACUCACCUGUGAUCACGAAUGGGCUUCUCCUUGUGUGACAGGCAGCUACUUGACUCCAGAAGGUCUACCAUGUGGAGGAGGUAGUGGUGGAAACGGAAGUGGAGACGGUGGAGACGAAGGAAACGGAGGUGGAGACGAAGGAAACAGAGGUGGAGACGAAGGAAACGGAGGUGGAGACGAAGGAAACGGAGACGAAACGGAGUGGAGACGAAGGAAACGGAGGUGGAGACGAUGGUAA